AUGGCCGACGAUGGCAUGUUCCUCAACUUCUCCGUCGACGAGACCGUCGCCUCCUCAAUCCAUUCCGGCCCGAAGUUCAAAGGUGGGUCAUGGCGAGACCGCCUGAGUGCGAAGAGGUCGGCGCAAAGAGCUGGACGGGGUGAAGGCAGAGAAGGGCAGAAAAGAACAAAUGACCCCAAUAGCCUGCCUCUUUCGCAGCGGCGUGUUCAAUCUGAGGACUUCCCAGACCAUCGACCCACGAAGAGACGGCGUGAGAAUGGGCAUGCCCUAGACUCAAGACGAAACGAGCAGAGACAUGGCACAUCAGGGCCCCGCGAAGUCAUAUCCUCGUUGUUCACAUACAAUCCGAAACCAUCGAUCACGUCCGAAGAGCUCCAGCCGAUGACUGGAGAAGAGAAGCCCAUCGCUCCGUCCAACGCGCCCCUCAUUGACGGCAUCGACACAUUCACCUCCCUCGGUCUCACUCCGACUAUAGCAGCCCACCUCCUCACGAAGAUGAGCCUGAAGACACCCACUGCGAUUCAAAAGGCCGCCAUAUCACAAAUGCUCAAAGACUCGAGUGACGCUUUCAUACAGUCCGAAACAGGCUCGGGAAAGACCCUCGCAUACCUGCUUCCACUUGUCCAACGCAUAAUGACCGUGAGGGCAGAACAGCCAGAACGCACCAACACUUCACUACUGCUACACCGCGACUCGGGACUCUUUGCCAUCAUACUAGCCCCUACGCGCGAGCUGUGCAAACAGAUCUCGGUCGUGUUGGAACGCCUGCUCGGCUGUGCAAGGUAUAUCGUCGCUGGCCACGUCCUGGGUGGGGAGAAGAAGAAAUCGGAAAAGGCUCGCCUGCGCAAAGGGCUCAACAUCCUGGUCGCUACGCCCGGCCGGCUGGUCGACCAUCUGGAAAACACCAAGGCUCUGGACGUGAGUAAUGUCCGCUGGCUUGUCCUAGAUGAAGGAGACAGACUCAUGGACUUGGGCUUCGAAGAGGAUAUCACGAAAAUUGUGAAGAUGUUAGACCAAAGGAAGCAGGCGCGGGAGACCAGAGGGACUGUCACCUGGCCGGGCUUGCCUACCAAGAGGACGACGGUGCUGUGUUCCGCGACCUUGAAGAUGAAUGUGCAGAAGUUGGGAGAGAUCAGUCUCAAGGACGCGAUACUGAUCAAAGGGGACGGUGGCGAUAGUGGGACACGAGACAACACCGAAACGCCGGAAGAAAAAGUCAACGGCAACGGGACUGUGGGCGUGGAUUCAGCCUUCCUCGCUCCAGCACAACUCAAGCAGUCCUACAUCGUUGUUGCCGCCAAACUGCGCUUCGUUACUCUGGCAGCAUUACUCAAACGCACUUUUGCGCGGAGAGGCUCAGUCAUGAAAGCGAUUGUGUUCCUCUCGUGCGCAGACUCGGUCGAAUUCCACUUCAAAGCCUUCACCACGGCACUCGAAGGUGACGACGGUGCGCUACCUAAAACUACUCUCUCAUCAAGAGACACAGACAACUCCGACGCCGACUCUGACACCGAAGUCCCGCAAGCCACCAAAACCAGAGCCAUCAAAGCCAGCCACCCAUCUAAGCCUUUCUCUCAAGAACCUCCUCCUUCUCCAGACCCCUCCGCCCCGUCGUCCAUCUUAUCCUCGAGAACAAACUCCCUAACGCUCUACAAGCUGCACGGCUCACUCCCGCAACAGACCCGCACCUCGACAAUCAACGCCUUCACCCACGCUUCCACACCUUCCCUCCUUCUCGCCACGGACGUCGCCUCCCGCGGCCUCGACCUCCCCAACCUCGAUCUCGUAAUUGAGUACGACCCGGCCUUCAGCGCCGAAGACCAUCUCCACCGAAUAGGCCGCACUGCCAGACUAGGCCGGGACGGCCGCGCCGUGAGUUUCCUCCUCCCCGGCAAGGAGGAAGGGUACGCCUCCGUGCUCAAGGCCUCGUACAAACCCACCGACGACAGCGUGACCACCAACGUGUCGAGCAUGGACGCAGACGACAUACUCAAAAAGGGAUUCAACCCCACGUUCGGGGUCAUCUCAACCAACAAAACCCGGGACGCCGCGAAAAAGCGGGAUGCGGCCACAGGUGACCACCUUGACGCUAACGGUGCGGAUUGGCGAACCCGCGCCACGAACCUGCAACUCGCCCUCGAGCGCUUCGUCCUCGCGACGCCUGCCACAAGAGAGCUCGCGCGCAGGGCGUUCCAGAGCCACAUUCGCGCGUACGCGACCCACACGGCGAGCGAGCGGAAAUACUUCGACAUCAAGGAGCUGCACCUGGGACAUUUGUGCAAGGCAUUCGGAUUGAGAGAUACGCCGUCCGGCAUGGGCGCGGGACGGGGCAAAGGUGCGGCGAUGAAGGGGGCAAAGAGGAUGGUGACGACCAGUGGCAAUGGGGAAGCGGUGCGUGCGGGUGCGGGUGCGGGUGUCAGUGGUGAGAAGCGGAAGAGAGGAAAGGACGAGGGAGUGGAACAGACAGGCGAUGUCGAUGAAGCGGCGCGCAAGAUGAGAGAGAAGAUCAGGAUGAAUAGGAAGAUGAUGAUGGGCGGGGGUGGUGCCGGCGAGUUCAAUAUUGCUUGA